AGGGGGCGUAGGCGGAUUUCCUGGGCCCGGCUCGGAGGGCUCACCAUGGCGUUUGGGAAGAGCCUCAAAGAUCCCUUCGCGACUUCAGUGGGCCACCUCAUAGAAAAGGCUACAUUUGCAGGAGUUCAGACUGAAGAUUGGGGCCAGUUCAUGCACAUUUGUGAUAUGAUUAUCACCAGCAAAGAUGGGUCAAAAGAAGCAGUAAGAGCUUUCAAGAAAAGGAUUUCUAAAAAUUGUAAUCAUAAGGAGAUUCAGCUUACCUUAUCGCUUCUUGACAUGUGUAUGCAGAACUGUGGCCCAACUUUCCAGUCCCUGAUUGUGAAGAGGGACUUCAUUAAAGACCUAGUUAAGCUGCUGAGUCCCAGAUACAACUUGCCUUUAGACAUACAGAAUAAGAUCUUGAGCUUCAUCAUGAUAUGGUCACAGGGUUUCCCUGGAGGUGUGGAUGUGAGUGACAUCAAGGAAAUCUACCUAGAGCUGCUCAAGAAAGGAGUCCAGUUCCCAUCUUCAGAGAGAAAGAUUGAAACAGAGAGACAAGUGGCCUUGUCUCCGAGCAUAACUAAUCCACCACCAUUUGUUCCGUCUGCACCAGUACGUUCAACUGCACCUGCUCCUAAGCCCCCAACUAUUUUAUUGGUUGCCGAACAGAUUGGAAAAUUGCACAGUGAAGUAGAUAUGGUGAAAAUGAAUGUGAAAGUAAUGUCUGCCAUAUUGGUGGAGAAUACACCUGGAUCAGAAAAUCAGGAAGAUAUGGAACUCUUACAGAAAUUGUAUAAAACCGGUCGGGACAUGCAAGAAAGGAUAAUGGACUUGCUGGCGGUAGUAGAGAAUGAGGAUGUGACAAUGGAGCUCAUUCAAGUAAAUGAGGAUUUGAAUCAUGCUCUCCUUGGAUAUGAGAGGUUUUCUCGAAAUCAACAGCGAUAUCAGGAGCAAAAUCAGAGCCUACAGGAAGCCCAGAAGAAUAACUGUGAACCUUCUGCCCCAUCCUGUGAUUUACUUGACUUAAGUCCAAGUCCAAGCUCUUUGACUUCUGGCUUGUUAUUGGAUGGAGUACAUGCCAUGAGUUCUCAAUUUUCUGACUUAAAUGUCAGUGCUCCACUUGCCAGUGAUGGCAAUCACUCAAACCCGGUGAUUUAUCAAGAGCUGGAUUUGCUGGCCUCAGAAAAUCCAGAAAUAUCCCUGUUUCCACAAAGGACAGGCCAUCUGUAUGACAAUCUCUUAACUCAUUUAAAUCCAAUCCUGAUGCCUCCAGUGAACCUGCAAGCUGGCCAUGCAGGACCUUCAAGCCAGAGGCCCCAAGCUUUGUCCAGCAAUCUUCGAGCUAACCCUUUAGCAAAGAAUGAUCUUCCACCACCCAAUUACUAUGAGGUAAUGGAGUUUGAUCCUUUGGCUCCGGAUGCCACUGCAGAAACUCUUUAUGAAGAGCUUGACGUUAAUUGCCGUAAACCAAUUCAGAAUCAUACAAAUGGUUAAAAGAUCCUUUUAGAUAGAAGUCCAUCAUCAUCAUCAUCAUAUCCAGGUGAAUACAGUAGAUGAAAACUAUUUUAUUACUUCUGGAAUAAAUCAUAAAAAAAUUUGCUAAACUGGAGUUGUAAUUCAGGAAACAUUGCUUAAGUGCCUUCAUUUAAUUAAAAUUGAAUGUAAAAAUAAUUUUGCACUCCUGAAAAUAGUCCUAGCCUUUACAUUUUGAGCUGGGGCAUAAUAAAACCUUUUACUUAUUGUAGUUUAUACUUCAUGUUUUUAACAGUCAUUGGAAAAUGUAUAAAGCUGACUUUUGAAGUGAUUUUUAACCUUAUAAAUAAAACAUAUUCUUUUCUUUUUUGCUG